AUUGUGUAUUUGAACUUCCGGAUGGAAUUCCACAUGUAAACAAAUAAACAAACCUAGCUAAAACUGUCAUUUGUUGGUUAUAUCGUUUAUAUCAUUAGGUACGGAUCACUAUCUUUCAAAACACAGUUAUUAUAUCAUGGAGAAGAAUUUAUGGGAGUUAGCUUUAGACCAAGAAAAAGAAAAAGAAGAAGCUCAUAAUACUGAUGAAUCAGCUGUAUUUCUGUGUGGAAGUAAGAAUGCUGGUAAAACUUCUAUAAUUCUACGCUUUUUAGACAGGGAUGAAGCACCCAAGCCAACAGUUGCUCUAGAAUACACAUUUGGAAGAAGAGCCAAGGGACAUAAUAUUGCUAAAGAUGUUGGCCAUAUUUGGGAAUUAGGUGGUGGAACUUGGCUAUCAAAAUUAAUGGAUAUUCCUUUGAACCCUUCAACAUUACUACAUACAACUCUAGUGUUAGUGUUAGAUUUAUCAGCACCUAAUGAAAUGUGGUUUACCUUGGAAACGUUAAUGACUGCAGCUCGAGCUAGAAUAGACAGUUGUAUAUCGGAAAUGAAGGCUGAUGAUUCUAAGAUCAGAGAAAAACUUCAUAAAAAAGCUUGGGAAAGAGUUGGAGAAGAUCAUCCGGAUAAGAAUAUGUUGGAUCCGAUGUUGAUACCAUUAGUUAUUAUUGGUACAAAAUUUGAUGUCUUUCAGGACAUGGAUUCUGAGAAGAGAAAGGUGAUAACUAAAACAUUAAGAUUUGUAUCUCAUGUAUAUGGUGCUUCUUUACAAUUUUUCAGCAUCAAACAAGAACAACUAAUAUCUAAAACAAGAGGCUUGAUUAGUCAUCAUUUGUUUGAAACAACUGCUAGUAAAACACUACAGACUGAUUAUAAUAAACCAUUACAAGUACCUGCUGGUCUCGACUCAUUACAACAAAUAGGCAAUCCACCACUGUCAGAACAAGAUAUUGGUCGUGUUCAUGCCAAAAAUCCAAUGGAAUUAUGGAAGGUGGCCUUUACAGGAUUUUUUCCACAAGAGAAUACCAAUAAUCCUGGAACAGUAAAAGAUCCUGCAAAAGAUGCCCAGUUUGCUGAACCAAGUAUAGAUAAACUCAGAAUGCAGAAAGAUGGGGAAUUAGACAACUACAGAAGACUAUCAGAAAGACGAGCUAAAGAAAGAAAUUCAACUGAGGUGUAUGUUUGAUCUCUUACAAAGAUUUCUGAGUGGUAAAUCUCCUCAACAUUCCGUCCAGAAAGAAGAAUUAUAUAUCAAGACUUUUAUUCAUAUCUUAGUUGAUCUAUUUAAUUAUUUAUUGAUAUGUAUUAUAAUGUAAAAUAAUAAAAACAGUUACCAC